AUGGGGCUCCUGAGUGUGGACUUGUUAAUCACACUCCAGAUUUUGCCAGGGUUCUUCUCUAACUGCCUUUUCUUGGCUCUGUACGAUUCUGUUGUGUUGGUAAAACACGUGCUCCUGCAACUAAAUCGUUCCAAAUCCAGCCAGAGUCAAUGGCGACGGAUGCUCACCCCUGAAGGGCUGCGCUGCGUCUGGAAAAGUUUCCUAUUGGAUGCCUACAAACAGGUAUGUAGGCUUACAAAUAAAUGCCCUUAAAGGAACAAUCAUAUAAUCUAUGUAAUGUUUAACAAUGCCUUUCAAUCUUCUCUAUUUAUAUUAAUUGAUCAUUUACAAACAAAAAGUUAGAAAAAUAACAAAUAAAAGUAAAUUCCAAUCUUUAGAAUGUGUGCAUGUGGCGUAAAAUGUGUUCAGAUUAAAUAUAUAGUAUUGAAUACAUACUUAGUAUUUUUAGCUGUUAAUGCAUUAUCUGAAACUAUGUAAUUUAAAACAUACAUAAUGCAGCCUUCUACUUGUACUUUUGUUGAAUUCUAGAAGGACUUUAGCAGGUGGAAGAGAGAAAUCUAUGCCUUAAUUCAGAGAGUUACAAAGAUACUGUAAUCUUUAGGUUUUACAAACAAAAUGUCAUCUCCUUAUAGCAUUUCUUGUUUAUCUAAUAAAAGCUGUUUUAGAGUUGCAGCUCAGUGAAGCUCUGCAUUUCAGAAUAGGACAAGAGGAAGAAAAAAUAAAUAAAAAAGGCAGGUUUUAUUGCUUAGUUGUCUGUACAAGGUCUACAGAUUUAAAGAGCUUCCGGUGGUUUGAUAGCUACUCACGCUGAUCAUUGAAACAAACUGUCAUUCAAACCUCAGCAGGAGCUUCACGCUGUGCUGUACGCAGAUCCGCGUGUUCCCAAACACUGCACACAAUGAUCUGGGCAGCUGGCUGCUGCAGGGCUAAAACUGCUGGAAAGAGCUUGUAAAACGUACCAGAAUGCAUGCAGCUGCCACUACGUAGAGUAGAAAAAAAGUUUGGGUUAAGGUUUGUCGGGGCGGAGAGAAACCAAGAACACAAAUAAUGUGCUUUGCUUUCAGAUUGUUGAAUAAUUAUUUUAGUCUCUUGGCUUGCACACUUGGUUUGAUUAAUGGAUCACAAAAUGACAAGGGUUCUUUAAAUAUGUAUGUACAGUAAAGCACAAACUAUCACAGGUUUUAUCUCAAUAUAAAGGCAACUAGGAUUAAAUAAAAGCAUUAUUAUCUGGCUAACUACAUUCAGAAGCCAUUGCAAAGAACAAGUACACAGCUCUCGUAUGUUUUUGCAAGGUACAGGUCUGAUUACAGUUGGACAGAAUUUGCAAACUCCCCUUCUGUUCCCCACACACUCUGGUAAAUAAUUCCAGUACCAGAGUCGCAAACCCACCUGUAGGCUAAAACAUGGGGCAAACUACCUCAAUGGCGCCCUCUGCUGGCAGCCUCAAUUUGUCUGUAGAAUCCAAGGUAGACAAAGUGCAUUUUUUGUGAACUAAUUAAGUGAAUGCAAGAUCCUGCAACAUUGUAGGGACCAUAUUGAUGCAGUCUGGACCAGUCUUGCAUGCAUCGUAAUACACAAUUAUACAUAAAGUAAAUCUGUUUAUCCUGCCAUUUUAAAGAUGGACCAAUAAAGAUCAACACUGGUACUUGGAGGCAGACAAAAAUCACAAGCAUUGUUAUUUAGCUCUUGGACUUACAGCGCUCCUAAUGUAAGAAGGCAAUGGCUACGUUUCUAAGUGGUGAUUACAAUGUAGGAGGGAGUGAUGACAAUGUAGGAAAGGGGUAAUCCCAGUGUCUGGGGAGGAUGUUGGAGAGGAGUGAUAAAGCUGGUAAACCUUAUGUGAGUCCAGAGUACAAGCCAACUCCUAUAAUGUAAGCUAAAUAAACACUGCAGAAACUAAAAGGCUGGACCACUCUACCUCUUUCUGGACAUAUAUGGUGUAAAUAGGACACAGUGCAUGCUGAUCUGUUUCUAGUGCAUGUUAUACACACACAAAUACAGAUUUAUUACAUACACAGACAAACACCUCUCAAAUUGCAGCAGUCAUGAAAUGGCUAAGCCUAUAUGCACACACUCCUUUUCAGUAGAGCUGAGCAUAUUGAAUGUGUAAUUAAAUACUUGGCAGUAAUUAAACUCAUCCCAUGGGAUGAAUAAAAUUGCUGCCCAAGCUGAGAGCUGCUGUACUUGACCUUGCCAUCAACUGACCACUCUGCUUAGUUUUGAGAUUAACGCAGUUAGGUGAGAUCAUGGCACAGGCUCUUCACAGUAAGCCGCGAAGGCAUCUGUUAUGGGAAAUGGGGAUGUGUACAAAGUGCGCAGGUGCAAGAAGCAAAAGUUGCUAUAGUGUUUGGAGCGUCCAUUACUUAUAAAUGCAAUUUUUUCAAAUGAGGUGCUGGGUGUAUUUAUGAGGAGCCUGAAACAUAUAAAAAAAUAUUUUCUAUAUCAUCACUUGCUGGGUGAGAAGGAUAUCCCUGCAGGUUAUACCCACUGUAUCAUCAGAUCAUUUUGAGCAGCGUGAUUUAGAAAAAUAAUUUACAAAACUGAGCCCCUUUAAUGAUCUCUUUGACCAGUAUUGAACAUUACAUGUUAAUGUUGCUGUCUAAAUAAUUAACCCAGACAGACAACACAUUUUCUUGUACCAAGAGUGGCUGCUGAUGGCAGCUCACCCAAUACAAAAGACUAGAAAACAAAAAGACUGGUUCCACAUUUGCCGGUAGUGUUCCAUAUCUGAGCAAGAAAGGUAGACUGUUACUCUCACAUACAAGAUAUUUGAUUUCACAGUUUCCUUCAAUCCUGUCUAUUUUUCUGUAAACAAUUAAGGAGAAAGUAAAAUUUGAAUACAAAUACUCCAGAUUUUUUAGAAAUGCUGCAGGGCUGUAUUCAUGCUGUGCUUUUUUUUUUAGUAAUAUUUUGGCAUUCAUUUGUGGGUGAGUGCUAGAGUUUCCCCAGGGAAUUAAAUAACCUGCCAGCAGCAUGUGUUCCUUUGGGCAGAUCCGUCUGUUUUUGAUUUGUGUUUAACUGCGCUCUAAAAACAACCAUGAACUUUAAUUUACAAACAGGUCAGAAACAGACCAGAAAACUAACUUCUGCAGCCAGUAAGAGUAAGGACUAGUACAACAUGUUGCCGGCUUUUCUACCAUUACUGCAACAUUGCAGAAUACACAGCCUGUUUCUCUUCCACAUCAAGAUCAUUACAGGAUACACAGCACAGCAAGUAUUCUUUCCAGGGUUAAACAUUACAAGAUACACAACCAGCUUCUUUCAUGGAACUAGAACAUUACAGAACUUGCAUAUGUUUUGUUUCUGUGCAACAAUGCAGGACAAGCAAUGUAUUUCUCUCCUAAACAGCAUUUGCAUUAUUGUAAGGACAAUUAAGGGAACACCACAACAUUAGGAAUACAAACCUGUAUUCCUAAAAAUAUAGUGAGACUGUCCCCACUGUGUGUAAUAAAAAUUAGGAAAAUAAAAGGUUUUACUUAACUUUUUCCAGCUCUGAAGCUUCCACACCUGCUGCAGUGUAAUCGGGGGGAUAUGGCCUAGUCCAGCGAUGGUCAAAUUCAAUGCUACUCAUAAAUGACCAUCGCGCAUGCAUCCAAUGCUUUCCUACAUACUGCGGUGUCCUGUGAACAGGUUUUUACUCUGUCAGUGCAGCGGAAGCGACUUUAUUGAAUGUCUGGAAGACCCAGCAAUGCAAACAUUGUAGUUUUUGGAAAAAAGAAAUGUUUUGUAUUGCUGUGUUAAAAUGACUGGAAAACUGCAACGUGGUACUUUCAGCAUGUGCUAAGUAGCAAUUCUGUAGCUACUGGAUGCACAUGCAGCCAAUCACAAAAUUCAUACAUGCACCUCCCAUCACACUCCUGCAUCGACCGCACAUGCAGCUCGAUUCUGGGGGAAAAGCAAAUGGGAAGAGGAAGUGAAUGACUUACAGAAGGGGAAAAUAGACAAGCAAAAGAGAUUGGAAAAUGAAACUGAAAGGUUAAAGCAUGACAUGAUACAUAGCCAGCUCCUCUAUCUCCCAGGGAGAGAACUACAGAAUACACAGUCUGCACCUUUGCUAAGCUUUAUAAGAAAUGAUAGAAUAUACAGUCUGCGCACCUUCCAGACCUACAACACAGUCAGCAUCUUUCCUAGAGUUAGAAUAAUCUAGCAGCGUUAUUUACUAAAGUGAAAAUGUUAUAUGAAUUAAAAGUUAAUUUCAAAAUUAAAGGGACACUUCAGAACCCAACUGCAUUGGGAAGUCUGUAAUUGGACAGGUACAAAACACCUGGGCGGGAUAAGUAGGAGAAAACCUUUUCUGUUUUUAGAUAUUUCCCCAAUGAAAAAAUGCAUCAUUAAAUGGAUACAGGUUUCACUGGGGGUAUAUCUCCUAAACAGUGAUGUUUAUUCUUACAUUUAAUAUUUGGGUGGUAGAGUGUUCCUUCAACGUCGAUGUAGCCUAACUUGAAAACACGUUAGCUAUGCCUCCAGUUCCAGUUCAGAUAUACUGUCCUUAAAUUGAUAAUUCACGUUGCAUUCACACUUUAGUAAAAAGCCCUGUUCGGUAUAGAGUCUGCAGAUCAUCGAGGAUUAGAACAAUAUAUAAUACAUAUCCCGAUUCAUUCCUAGGGUUAGACAUUUACACAGCCUACUUAAAGGGUUACUCCAAGCACCAUGACCACCUCACUGACUUUAAGUGUUCGUGUACAGCGUUUUACCUUAAAACAAUUCACAUACUGAUUUUCAUCGCUCCAGCUGUGUCAUUGGGGUGUCAUCAGCCAGCCCAGUACUAGAGUUCAGGGUUGGCUAAUGGCAAUUUUGUACAACUUUUAUUUCACAGAUAGUCAUUGGUGGAGAACUGUCAGCUGGCUGAAUGGAGACAGCCACAGCUUCCAGGGCUCUUACAGAAGUGAAGCACUGUACCAUCAGUGAACAUACCAAGUACUAAAACAAAAUAACGGGAUAGAUUGCCUGUUCUUCUCCCAUGAUAGAAUGCUGCAUCUCUCUAAAGGUUAGAACAUCACUUAACACAUAUCCUGCUUGCCUCUUAGGAUUAUUUAGGACCAGAAUACAUUCUACACCUUCCUUAGGGUUAGAAUAUUACAGGACACCCGUCCUGAUUCUCUCUUGGGGCUAGAAUAUUACUAGACAUACACCCUGCAUCUUUUCCAGGGCUAGAUCAUUAUAGCAGACCUAUAGAGCAGACCAUUACCAAAUACACAUCUGACAUCUCAGUCAGGGUUAGUACAUUAUAGGAUACAGAGCAUACAUCCUCCUUGGGUUAUAACAUAAAAAAAAAAAAAACAACACACAGUUCCUUACUAAGGGUUAAAACAGCCCAUGUCUCCUGUACUGCUUCUCACUCGGGGCUGAAACAUUACAUAAUACAUGCCCUGCUUUUCUUCUAGGUUUAAAAUGUACAUACUAUGACGUACAUCUUUCUAAAUCUGUGUCUCUCCAACGGUUAGAGCAUAUAGGAUACAGAGCCUAAAUUUUUUUGAUGUUUAGAACAUUACAGGAAAAACAGCAUGCGUGUUUCCAUGAGUUAGAAAUAGGACACACGGUCUGUUUCUCUCUCGGGGUUAUAACAUCCCCAGCCUGUUUUUCCACGAGGAUUAGACAUGUACAGGAUUUGAGAUCACCAAAAUUUACUCUCUCAGCCAAUCCAAUGCUUUCCUAUGGGCAGAUGAGGGGUGGAGCAAGAUGUGAGAAAUACUGUGCGGCACUGGAAAAUGUUCUCCAGGUUAGGCAAUAGUUGGCAAAUAUUGAUAGAAGGAACACACUGCACACUAUCCCCAUAAAGCAGGUAAAAAGCAUAGGUUUAGGAUACACAAAUCCUCAUCGGGAAUGUGACAGGCAGUCAUAACCAAUCACUCCCUUUUGGAAUGAUGCCCACAAGCCAAAUCCUGGUUUAUAGGUUUGUUAGUGCAGAAUCUAUUUUUGGGACAAUAGGGUACAGGUUCCUUAGGGAGUUUCCCUAUUACAUUUAGGUCAACCCAUUUAUAUAUUUAUAUUAGAAGACAUUACUUCUAGGAUGUAUCUUAUGUUCUUAGGUUUCAAUGCAUAAGACUCUCAAAAAGACAGAAUCUUUAGCUUUUUCAUAUCUCCCCUCCCAAAAAAGUAUUAAAAAGCAGAUUUUUGCCUUUAAUUAGUGGCAGAGAAUAAAUGGAAAAGCAAAUGUAUUGACAGAUCUGCAAUUUUAAGAAUCAUGUGAUAAGAAGCUGCGGCACUUACUCUGCUACAUAAAAAAAAAAUAUAUAUAUAUUUAAAAAAUGCUGCUCCAAAUCUUGCUGGCUAGAGUAGACAUGGUUACUGUACAGAGCUGUGAAACUUGGAAAAUGUAUUGGAGAAAACAUUGGCUUCAUCUUCUACUUCUCUUGGAUGCAUAAGGGUCAAUUGUUUUUUAAAUUAAAAGACAGCCGUUUUGGUUUGGAUAAGCCUGGCCCUUACUCAUGUGGAAAAGUAGAGUCAAAGUAAUCACGUGUAACCAUUUUGUUGCUGUAGCAAGGUCUGUGCUUUCCACAUGUGCAGUAUUGAAAGAGUGGUGCAGUCAGUAAGAAGAAAGCACAGUACGUUAGUAGGACAGCAACGCACAGACAGGGAAAAAUGAGCGUGCAACACAGAGUGCCAACAGUUGUGGUGUUUACGAUGCUGUAAAUUUUAAGUGCUUUUCUCACAAAAGUUUUCCAAAACCCAUGUGGAGCGUGAGAAAAAAAAAAGAAAUAAAGAAGGGGGAAAAAAAAGAUGCUCCAAGGCUUUUAAAAGUCAGAUGGAAACAGUUUGGACACACUACAGGUCAGAAAUGGAGCAGCGGAUAAUUGAGUCCUUUUGGACAGAGUUAGGAGCUUACUAACUCACUCUAAACGAGGUGUCUGAGGAUCGUUACGGUUCUGUCACAUCAGUGCAAAAUAUCAAAAAAGCUAAAUUAACAGGUUUGGUAAAUGUUAAAACAGUUUUAAGACACAGUAAAACUCUCACAUAUAGAUGGAUAUCUGUACUCUACAAGUGACCUGACAAAGAAAAGCAGACAUUGGUGAUCCCAUUUAUAAUUCAGGGACUUCAAAUGAAACCAACGACUAAUGUUGCAUUAAAAAAAAAAAAAAAAAAAACAGUAAACCAAAAUUUAGCUUCCUGCAGCCAAGAAGAAUCGUUAAAAGAGUUAUACCAAGAUAUUUUUUUUUAAUUCCUAAAUUAUAAGGAAAGCAAACAAUGACCAUGAUUACUACACAUGAUGUAAUCCAAACAAACUCUGAAUACAAUGCUGAGAUCCGUAGAAGUCAGGAUAGAUAUUAUAUGUCUACUUACUGCAAGAAUCACUUAACUCUGCUACCAAAACAUACCAUGCGUGGGAAUACAGCACAAACAUUAGCUACUGGCAGAUGAAGCGCUAGGAGAUGGAAAGGAAGUACUAAAUAAAGAUGUUGAUGAGGGACAGGCUAAGAUGAGGCUAUUCAAGCUGUUGUCCGUUUUCAGUACUCUCUUGCACCUUGUUUUUUUACUCUCCAGGUUAAUCCGGAUGUGGACCCCUUGCUCUCAGUGCCUAGAGAGAUAUCAGCUUUACCGCAGUGACGAGGCCCAACAAGGCUGAAACGAUCAUCUGGGGUUGCUGUAUCUCUCAUGCAGACAGAGUUGCCAUGCAUUUUGUAUCUGGACCGCCCUUUUGGGUGGGAUCAGUCUGAUUUGCAAAUGGUGCUGGUUCUUUUUGUAAUGGGCUAAAACCAGCUUGAGAUCUGAGCAGGGUCCCACCGAAGGGCAAGUUAUUUGAGCAGUUGUUCGUUCUCAGUACUCUCUUGCACCUAUACGCUAUACAUUGCAAUUUUAUCUGAGUAGAGUAAUUUCAGAUUGUUCAAAUUAUUUAUCUUUAACAUUUAUACUGUUAAAAAGGUCAAGCAACUUCAUUUAAAAUCUUACAUUAAUCUGCAUGAACACUUGCAUGUGCUGCGUCAUAUUUUGCAGCUUUCGCAAUAGCAUACAAUAUUAUGCAUAUCAAUAGUCUCAUCAAACACAAUACACCAUUAAUUAUGUAAACGGCAAAAAAUUACUUUUUAAAACAAAUAUAUAUCUAUAAUCAAAAUGAAUGUCCAGACUGAGGGCUGUAAUUAUGUGUGUAUGUUUAUUUGUGUGAGUCUUAACGCAACCUUAACUUGUUUUAGAGGCAGAAAGCCUCAACAAGAUGGUGGCCCAAGGCAGAAAAAGACCCAUACAACAGGCCUUAUUUUAUCCUGCAUCUUAGCAGGUGAAGUGCUGAAAUAAAAGAAGAAAGCGUAAAAACGGAAACAAAAUAAUGACCACAGACAUCACAGGCAAACAAAUAAUUAGUCCUAAUUGGUAUGAUGUCAAGCAUUGAAAGAAGUCCAGAGCACUAAAUGAGCCAUUGAAAGGUAUUACAGGGCAUCCUCAAGGCAAUCAGCGGAUUGCAAUAUAAAAAAAUAAAAAUAAAAAACACUUGCUAUUAUGUGAAAAUAAGUAUCUUGUGUUUUUGUUUAUAAGAAUAAGAUUUUUGCUGAACAUAAUACAAUGCUAUUUUUAGAUGUAAAUAUGUAUAUUUUUAUUUAUUGGGGGCAGAGAAUAAAAAGGACCCAAUAAUGACUCACAACAUGUCUUGGACAUCAUAACUACAACAGGAAGCAUGUUUCAACCUGGAGAUUUAUGCUCACAAAUGUUUGACCUUGGGCUGGAGUAAGAACCUGCCUGGGAGAAACCAGGUGCUGAAACAGAUUUAAGGGGCUGUCGCCCCACUAAUGAUGUGAAUUUACUAGCUGAUAUUUCUGGCUUGGUUUCAGUAAUAAAUAUUAACCUAUUGUGUGGCAGCAGACCUGAAAACGCCCAUUUUUCCUGUCACACUCAGCUUUUGUAGAAUGUUGAGAACAUGAGAAAUUUUCCUUCACUUGGCUCAUGUCUGUAUCCAGGGAGGUUUACACUCCACUUUGGGCAGAUCUCAUUUUCUAAAGCAUAAAGCAGACUCAAGAGGAAUAUGCCAAAUACAUAAAUAUAGAAAAAUAUAUAUAAAACAAAACAAAUGGAGAUGGCUCACCACGUGAAGUGAACGGUUAAACUGGGCUGAAAAUAAUUAUGUGCAUUUUUCCCCAGUUAACAGACAAUGCAAAUAAACAUUUUUUUUUUUUUUUUUUAUAAACUUGUAAUUUAGAUAGACCCCAUUGGUCUUUACAUGGUUAAAGUGAAAUAAUAAAUAGAAGGUUACUGCAUUUGAAGGUAGGAUUCAAAGAAACAGACAAAACAAUUAUAUUGAUAGAAUUUACCUGGGAAGAUUUAUAGGCAUGUCUGUCCCUUUUUGUUGCACAGUGCCUUCAGGUAGUUAAACAAGGAUAAUUGUCCAUCAAUGUUCAAUCAUUCCCAGAUUACUGAUUGGCUGAUCUAGGAAAAGGACAUGCCACUGUCAGUUGCACUGCUAGAUGGUAGAAUCAAUUCAUGAGCAAGGUAAUCACUGCCUGAAUCAUGCACUUUUGUAAACUAUUUAAAUAUAAUGCCAAAAACUGAUUGUUUUCCUGGCACUGGAGAGUCCCUUUAAGAUGAUCUGCAAAUAAAAUAAUAUUGAAGGGGAUUCAAUUCAUUCUUUAUAACAACUACUACUGGUUUGAAAACUGCUUCUAUUUAUAAAAAAAAUAAAUAAAGGGCAGAACUACAGGGGCUAAGUUUGCCCCUAACUUCACCAGUUUAUUUAUGGGAGACUGGGAGGAUCAUAAAGUUUGGAAUGAACAUAUUUGUCUAUACAGGAUAUAUAUAUAUAUAUAUAUAUAUAUAUAUAUAUAUAUAUAUAUAUAUAUAUAUAUAUAUAUAUAUAUAUAUAUAUAUAUAUAUAUAUAUACAUAUACAUAUACAUAGAUACAUACAUACACACACCUUUAUUUGGGAAGCAGAAGACACUGAUUUGUAAACAAUAUGGAAUUGUGAAAUUCUAAAUCACCAACUGAUUAUACUGUGGAGCAAAUAGUGUUUGGAGCGCUUUUAAAACAAUACACUUUUCUCCUUGAAUGGCCUAUAAAUAAAGUUAAAUAGUGUAUGAAAUAUAAUGUAACAGCUUAACAUAGAGCCUAAAAAAAAAGUAGGCAGCCUAAUAAUAAACUAGGGAAACCAGCAAGAGCGCAAUAUAUGAAAAAACUCAAUUUUCUUUUUGUUUACUUAAUCUUUAUUAUUGUGGACAUUGCUUAGAUAAUACCAAAACAUGAGUGUCUCAUAAAAUUUAAGACAUGAGAGCAAAUACAGUAACACACUGUUUACGAUGGAAAGCCGAUUCUGAUAUGAAUAGUUGUUUGCCCAAAAGAAAAUAACCAGUCCGUGUAUAAGGUGCUAGUUUAGCUGAUGAAUGUCUUAGAGGUUAGAUAUUCUUAAAAAUCCUAAAAGGAACACUAUAGUCACCUAAAUUACUUUAGCUAAAUAAAGCAGUUUUAGUGUAUAGAUCAUUCCCCUGCAAUUUCACUGCCAUUUAGGAGUUAAAUCGCUUUGUUUCUGUUUAUGCAGCCCUAGCCACACCUCCCCUGGCUAUGAUUGACAGAGCCUGCAUGAAAAAAAUAAAAAUAAAAACUGGUUUCACUUUCAAACAGAUGUAAUUUACCUUAAAUAAUUGUACCUCAAUCUCUAAAUUGAACUGUAAUCAUAUACAGGAGGCUCUUGCAGGGUCUAGCAAGCUAUUAACAUAGCAAUGCAUAAGAAAAUAUUUAAACAGAACUUGCAAUAAAGAAAGCCUAAAUAGGGCUCUCUUUACAGGAAGUGUUUAUGGAAGGCUGUGCAAGUCACAUGCAGGGAGGUGUGACUAGGGUUCAUAAACAAAGGGAUUUAACUCCUAAAUGGGAGAGGAUUGAGCAGUUCUAUACACCAAAACUGCUUCAUUAAGCUAAAGUUGUUCAGGUGACUAUAGUGCCCCUUUAAAGAUAGCAGUCCGCAAAACACAGACAUGGGUUACCAUGAAAACCUGAUUGCAAAAGUGUGCAUUUAAUUUAAUCAACACAAGAACAGUGUAUUUUAUCCAAUUUAGUUUUUAAAUACACUUUUCUUAACAUCUUGGUAACUUCAGAAUGUUUAUUUACUAAGAAUGUAUUAUUUAAUUUAUUUGGACCGCCCCCUUACUAUGCUUAUAAGGGUUUUAAAUACCAAGAAGACAGUGAGUGACUUGGUACCACUAAUGAAGCCCAAAGAGGCAAAACAUUUCGCUGUUGGAACUUUAACAUAAAACAAAAAUGUGACCCUAUUUAACAAAACACGAAGGAACAAUUCCCAUCUUCACAAUUUUCAUCACCCAGAGACUGACAGAGAUUCCUAUUGGGAGCUACCUCAGGGACUGUUAUGCCUGUAAUAUCCCAACAAUAUGUGAGAGCCCAAUUUGCUUUGUACAUUAUAUAUAUCAUGAAUACAUUUUAUCAGUUUUUUUUUUUGACAAUCUUUAUUUUCAAAUUUUAUCAUUUUUUCAAGGAAAGAUGUAGUAACGGUAUAACGUCAAUUUUAACAUCAGUGUUCUGAAUAGCUUAACAACAUUCGUCACCAUUGUUUUAACAUUCUCAAAACAGUUUUCUCAGACAAUAUUUCUAUAUUUUCCAUCUCAUGCUUUAGAUAGGAUUAUUUAAGGUCAAGUUUCUAGACUCGCAUCCCCACUAGCCUACAAUGCGCAGUUUAUUGCACCUAUGGUGUGCGCUUUACGUGUAGGGUAUGAAUCGGUGUCUAGUCUGGGUGCUGUGGGGGGUAUGUUUUCUGACAUGCUACAUUUCUCAUUUCACGUUUCAUACCAAUAGUGUCAGGAGCCUUUUUGUCGCUUGACAUGUAUAUAUAUAUAUUGUUGGGCAUGGUAUAGGGUCACGCUAGCGAGAAAAGAUAUUUUUAGUGCCUUAACUCCUCCCCAGACUACUCAGCACUUAUUAACAUUCAAGGCCAUCUUGUCGCCUGGUUGAGAGCAAAGUGUGAUGGUUUUGGUUAAGUUCCCCACUAUUGUGGGUUGGCAGUUGCUAGUGCAUAUUUUUGUAUGUCUAUCGGUAUAGUUUGUCAUAUGGGAGGAUACUCUGGGUAUCAGUCUAGGAGGCCAGGAGGGGAUAUUUUCAUGCCGGUAUCAGCUCUAGGUUGGGUCUCGGUUUCCUGUGUGUUUUACACCUGUGAUUACAGUGGGUGUGCGUAUUGAUAAGCCCCAUUUACGAGCUAGUCAGAGUCGGUCGUUGGGGUUCUGUCUAAUGUCCAGUCUCGGGAAAGGGUCAGGAGGCAGGGGACCUUGGAGGGAGGGGUAGCCGGGUGGCUUAGCUCUGUAUGAGUCAGUCAACUGCGGGCCUCUGGGGGGCCGUGUUUGGGUUUGCUAAUCUGUUGGCUAGGUAUGUUUCCCAAGGGUACCAGGUCAGUGCACAUUGCUCCUGUCUACCGUGUAGGUCUGCAGUUAAGGACUCCAUUGAGUGGAUUUCUUCCACCCUUGUCACCCAUUGCUGGAGGGUAGGCGCCCCCCUCUGUUUCCACAUCACUGGGAUAAGGGCCUUUGCCGCGUUGAGUAGUGGCAGCAAGAGGGAUUUCUUAUAUGUCUUAACGGGUGUGGGGGUGUGGUGUAAUAGCAUCGUUAGGGGUUCUAGGGUUAGCUCCGCACCUGUGAUUUUGUUUAUCUCUACCCUGAUCCUCUCCCAGAAUGUGGUGAUCUCGGGGCACUGCCACCAGAUGUGGAAGUACGUGCCGGUAUGCAAGCCGCAUCUCCAGCAGGUGUCCGGGGCACCUACGUUCAUGCGAUUGAGUACGUCAGGGGUUCUGUACCAGCGUGUUAAAAUUUUGUAGUUCAGCUCCUGGUACUUGGAGCUGAUAGAGCAUUUGUGUGUGAGAGUGUAAAUCUUGUCCCAGUCUUGCACAGUAAGGACUUCCCCCGAGUCUCUCUCCCAAUGAUCUUUAAAUUUGAGCACCACAUCUUCGUUAGUUUGGGUCUUGAGUAUGGUAUGUAUAGUGGAGAUACCUCUGUGUACGUGUGUUCGGUGUACGCACAGGUGUUCAAAGCUGGUGAGGGGUCUAGUCAGGUGUCCUCGACCAUGUAAGGACAUGAAGUACGUCUUAACUUGGUGGUAUCUGAAUUGUUCGAGUAUCGUCGGUGGUCUAUCUGGGCAGAGGUUUCUGAGUGGUUUAAGUCCCUGAGUGUCGAGCCAUUGGUGCAGAUACAUCCAGUCUGCCUGCUGGAGGCCGGCUAGGUCUUGUGGGGUUAGAGCAUCGGCCAGGUCUGGGUUAUGUGUGAUGGGUGUCAAGGGGCUAGGAGAACUUGUGAGUUGUAGUCGGUAGCGUAUAGCUAUCCACACUCGGAGCGUUGCGUCAAUUAGUGGGUUCUCGGUGUGCAGGUCAGUGUAUGUGGCUGUAUGUAGCCAAAGCCUAGAGGGUAUUUUUCUAUCGGUUUGUUCUAGCUCAAUGGUCACCCAUUGUUUUGAUGGGUGUUGUGCGUGCCAGUCCGUCAGUCUGUGCAGGUGAGCGGCGCGGUAAUAUGUCUCUAUGGAGGGCAGUCCCGUGCCCCCCAUCAGUUUUGGUAGUUCCAGGGUUGAUUUUUUUAUUCGGGUUGGGCGAGAGUUCCAGACGAACCUGCGAAUGGCAGUCGUCAUAGAGCUAAAAAAGGCUCUGGGGAGAGUAAUUGGCACUGUUUGGAGUAGGUAGAGUAUCCUGGGUAACACGUUCAUUUUAAUCGCAUUGAUACGUCCGAACCAGGAGAUGUAAUAUGGGGUCCAUUUCUUAAGGUCCGUCUGAAGUGAGAGUAGGAGGGGGAGAUAGUUAUGGCGGUAUAAUUGGGACGGGUCUUUGGUCAGCCAUAUGCCCAAAUAUUUUAAUUUAGUUUCGCACCAUUUAAACUUGUAUUGGGUGUGAAGGUGUGUUGGGGGGCCUGUAGGGGGUGGGAGGUGGAGAGCCUCGGACUUAUCCGUAUUAAGUUUAAGAUUAGAGAGUGCCCCAAACUCUCGGAAAGAUGCUAGGAGGUUGGGCAGCGAGAUCAACGGCUGUGUAAGAAAGAACAGCAUAUCGUCUGCAUAUGCGGCUACCCGGUAUUCGUGACGACCAAGGUCAAAUCCAGAGAUUCCCCCAUUCCGUCUGACCGCCCCCAGAAAUGGUUCCAGGGAGAGGGCAAACAGGAGGGGGGAGAGCGGGCAUCCCUGGCGGGUGCCAUUCCUGAUAGGGAAAGGGGCUGAAAGUGCCCCGUUAAUGCGGAUCCUCGCAGUGGGGCACGUGUACAGUGAGAGCACCCAGGCCAGCAUGUUGGGGCUGAAUCCCAUGUGUGUAAGGGUACUCCUCAGAUACGCCCAGCUCACCCUGUCAAAAGCCUUUUCGGCAUCGGUGGAAAGUAGUAGUAGUUCUCUACGGCGCGCUCGUGCUAUGUGUAGGAUGUUCAAGGCCUUAAUCGUGUUGUCUCUCCCUUCCCUACCCGGGAUAAACCCCACUUGAUCCGAAUGUACCAAGUGGGGGAGGUGUUUUGCGACUCUCAGGGCAAUGGCUUUUGCGAAUAGUUUCAGGUCCGCGUUUAGUAGCGAUAUGGGGCGGUAGCUCGCGCAAUUCGUCGGGUCCUUGCCCUCUUUUGGUAUUACAGUAACUGUGGCUGCUAACGUGUCUGGGGGAAAGCGCCCCCCCUCCAGUAUGGAGUUGAGGCCCAGUAAGAGAUUUGGUAAUAAGAUGUCCCUGAACGUACGUAAGUACAUCAGGGGCAGUCCGUCGGGUCCAGGGGCCUUAUGGGGUUUGGAGAUUUUUAGGGCUGCCGCCAGCUCCUCCAUGGUGAGGGGUUGGUCUAGGUCGUCCCGCAUUUCCGCGGUCAGCUUGUUAUCUAUAUUUUGUUCCAGGAAUUCAGUAAUUUGGCGGGUCUGUCGUGCGCGGGCCGCGUCAGUGUUAGGUUGGGGGAUAUUGUAUAGGUCCGUGUAGUAGUCUACGAACGCACGCUGAAUUCCAUCCGGCAUUCGGGUUUCAGCUUUGUCACUGGGCUUAAUUUUGUGUAUGUGGCUCGCCAUCCGACGGUCACGGAGCUGGCGGGCUAGCAGUCUGCCACUUUUGUCCGAGUGCUCGAAAAAGAACCGGGCCGAUUUUCUAAGGGUGCGUAGGAGACCCUGAGCUAAUAUGUCCCUUCUCUGUCUCCGGAGCGCUGUUAGAUGGAGGAACGUGUCUUCGUCCUGAUUUUGUUUAUGAGCUUGCUCUAGGUUGGCUAUUUGAGUGUUUAAUGUUAUCAGCUUUCGUGUAUGUUCCUUCUUCCGUUGUGUACAGACCUUAAUAUAGUGUCCCCGUACUACACACUUAUGUGCUUCCCAUACCGUCAAGGGCGAGACAUCGGGGGUUGUGUUAUUGUCGAAGUAUUGUGUUAGAGUUUGCCUAACCGGGUCAGUGUCACCCAGGUUAAGCAGCAUAUUCUCAUUUAGCUUCCAGUGCCUUUCCGCUGGUUUGUGUAGUGGGGAUUGGAUCUGGGCUGAGACCGGGGCAUGAUCGGACUCCGCAAUCAGGCCUAUGCUAGCCUUGCGGAGUAGUGUCAGGGCUUCCUGUGCCAUAAAGAUAUAGUCAAUCCGACUGUAUCUCUGGUGUACAGCUGAGAAAUAGGAAUAGUCCCUGCCAUCAGGAUGCGCCGCCCUCCAGCAAUCCACUAGUCCACUCUUGUCAGAGCUCUCCCGACUGCGCGUAUGCAAUGACCUGGUAUUGAGCUUUCUCCCCUUGAGGUGUCUAAUCUGGCAUCUAACGGAGUGUUAAGAUCUCCUGCCAUAAUUAGUAAGCCCUCUCUGAACUUGUUGAGCAAAGUGAGUGUUUUAUUUAGGAAGACAUGUUGGUUACGGUUCGGUGUAUAGAGGCAUGCGAAUGUGUAGGGCUGUUGUGCUAUGGUUCCUUUAAUGAAUAAGUAUCUACCGCCUGGAUCUAUUCGUUGCUCUGUGCAUACGAACGGGACCGUAUAUGAAAAGAGGAUCGCCACCCCCGCUUUUUUUUGGUCGGCAUGGUUGGAGUAAUAACCUGUGGGGAACCUUCUGUUUUUCAGGGUGGGUGCCUCCACUCCUUUAAGAUGCGUUUCCUGCAAAAACGCCACCGAGAUGCGUUCCGCCCAAAGAGUACUGAGUAGCUGAGACCGCUUCUCGGGUACGUUUAGACCUCUAACGUUGUUCGUCCACAGGUUAAGCGAUGCCGGCACAUAGUUAGUGCCCAUCCCUAGCUGUGCGUGGGAAGGGGUAUGGGUGAGUCAGAGUAUCGCGGGGUAAGGUUCGGGGGGGGGGGAAGUAGGGUAGUCCAGUCAAAGUCAGGGCAGGUUAGUGGGUCGGGGUCUAGGUGACUACGACUCGCCUCGGGGUCAGUCGCUUCCCAGUGUCUAUUCCUUUCGGGGUAUGUCACCAGAGUAGCCCCCGAGGGUUUGUACAGUGUGAGUCUGUCACGUGAGGUACGUGGGUCGUCCGUUCUUGGGUGAACCGUCGUCUGGAUCGCACUGCUCUCACGGCACCCAGCCCACUGUAUUUGUUUAAUUGGAAUUUUCCCUGUGGGUAUGGUGAAGUAGUACGAGGGUACCCUCUCCCAUUAUCCCUUUCCCUCUCUGUUCUUGAGGGUCUGAGUAUUGCGUGUCUAGUCGGUAAUCGGGCCCUGUAAUUACCUAACGGGUCCGGCCUCCCAGGGUGUACCCGCCCCGGUCAAGCCCCCUUGGCUUCGUGGGUUCAGGCGUGUUACCCGCCCCCUUGUGUAGGUGUGUGCCCCCCUAGGAGUGUUAUAAUGCAUGUGGACUUAAUCAAUAACAAUAACAAUAACAAGUACAACUGUAAAGACCAGACCACCGCCUCUGGCGUUCCCCGCUCCCCCCUCCCAAGGAACCAUACUCCCCUCCUCUGCUCCCUAUUCCAGCUGGGGGAAGUGGAGUCCUCUCCUGCCUGUUGGCUUGCUAGUCCCUUCUGGGGAUGGGCGGAGCUUGGGUCUCGGGGCCCUCUGGGUCAUCAUGGGACUGUCCAGAUUUUAUCCUGUGGUGCCAUUCAAGUAGUUGGGGUCCGCCAAUGCCUCCCCUCUACCCCAACCACCCAAAAAGGGGGGGAUUCUAUGGGCCAGAGCCCGAGUCUGUAUAAAUCUGGGGGGGGAUCUCCUCCGUGUCAUCAACGUCCCCGGGUGGUACCCGGUCCCCAUAAAUCCCAUCACCCCAAGAAAUAUGUGGCCCUCCAUAGUCUCAAGUCCCUGCCACACUGACUUGUGCGUAACUGCUACGGGCCCAGGGUAGGGGUGUAAGUACAUACCCAGCGUUGUGUCAGCUUCUGCUUACGGAGGUUGUUUCUUCGCAUCAACCUUGGGGGAGCGGUCCGGUGGUCUGUUUCACUGCGGCGUGGUUUCUGGGGUUGAAUGGGGGUGUGAAAACUGGGGUAUUCCUCCGUCGGUGGGUGCGCCGGUCGCUGCCCCCUAGGGCUCUUGAAUCUGCUAUUCUUCAUGGCUAUCCGGGCCACCUCUGCGGAACCCAGUUCCUGUAAGGCCCGUACCCGGCCUGAUAUUUGGAGCGUUUGGGCGUUGCGGCUGUCUCUCCAGGACCCAAUUUGGGACUGCCACCGCUGGGAGGUUCGCGGCUCGGAGGAAGCGUGGCACGUCAGCUGGCCAGCGUAUGAUAUGCCAUAUGUUGCUCACCUUUGCCUGUAAGCUAAAGGGGAAUCCCCAUUUGUAUUGUAUCCGCCGUUCUCUAAGGAGGGUGGUUAGCGGUCUCAGUGCCCUUCUCGCUUCCAGGGUGAGUACUGAGAGAUCCUGAUAUAGGGAAAUCUGGGCGUCCAUGUAGGUGAGGUUCUGUUGGUUUCUCGCUUCCCUCAUGAUCUCGUCCUUUAACGAGUAGGAGAGCAGGUAGCAGAUUACGUCUCUAGGCGGUCCCUCCGCGGACACGGGGCGCAGGGCUCUGUGUGCACGUUCUAUUCCAAAGUCUGCAGGGGCCCUGUCCCCUAGUAUGUGUGUGAACAGACCCAGCAGGAGCUCUGGUAGUGCUUCCCCUGCUGUUUCAGGGAGUCCCCUGACGCGGAUGUUGUUCCUCCGUCCGCGGUUGUCCAAAUCUUCCAGAUUCCUUCUUAACUCCAGCAGGACAUUGCCUUGUCUAGUAGUGGCUGUGUCUGUGGCUUGGCGGUGUUGUAUUAUUUGGGCACGUUCUGCCUCUAGUUCCUCUACCCUGCGUUCCAGUGCUGUCAGGUCUCUCCUCACCUCCAUGACCUCCUCUCUGAUUACUGCCCUAAUUUCAGCCAGCAGGUCAGUCUUAUCUGCCUUGGACAUCAUGUUUGCAGAUAUUGUGGCCAGGUCUGCUGCAAUUUGGGUCAGUGACUCCUCUCUGGCUGGGCCUGUUGCUGGGCUGUCUGAGCUGCUGGCGUCUGGUGAGGGAGGCGCCAUUUUGGCCGCGGCCUGGUGCGCCCGCAUGUCUCGCGGCGUUCCGAGGUACCCGUCCAUGGGACCCGCUGUGCGGCUCGGUGAGCCCGUUUGUGAGGGGCCAGGGGUGAGUAGCCUCUUUGUCUUACCCAUCUCGGGUCUAUUCGUGCUCGUUUAUCGGUGCGGUAGUGAGCUGGGGCCUAGGAGCUGCAGGGAGAUGCGUCUCACUCCAUUCCCGGUCAGGCCACGCCCCCCAUUUUAUCAGUUUUAAACAAUAUUACCAUAUGGACCUUCUCAUCUGUUCCCCCUCACCUCUUUUUUUGUAUUUACAUGUACACAGCGGUAUGUAAAAGGAAAAAUUCACAGACCUCCUAAAAGGGGAACGGUCUGUUCCCUGAGAUAUAUACUAAGUAUACAAAUAUAAACAAAACAAUACAUACAUAUAAUAGGUGGAUCUCUUAAAUUCUGCAAAUUUUCUGCAAAAUAAAAUAAGUACAAACAAAUAGUGCAGUAUGUCUUUAACCCCUUAAGGACUGGACUGUUUUUGCGAUGUUGUACAUUUGCGACCAGGCAUAUUUUUACACUUUUGUGGUGUUUGUGUUUGGCUGUAAUUUUCCGCUUUCUCAUUUACUGUUCCCAUACAAAUUAUAUAUUGUUUUUUUCAGGACAAAAUGGGCUUUCUUUACAUACCAUUAUUUAUAUAAUCUCAUGUAUUUUAAUUUAAAAAAAAUAAAAAAAUAUGAUGAAAAAUUGAAAAAAAUACAUGUUUUUUGACUUUUACUUGAAAAAUCUUUUACUCAUCUACAAAAGCGAAUGAAAAAAACUGCUAAAUAGAUUCAAAAUUUUGUCCUGAGUUUAAAAAUACCUAGUGUUUACGUGCUUUUUUGCUUUUUUUUGCAUGUUAUAGGGCUAUAGGUACAAGUAGGAUAUUGCGGUUUCAAAACAUACAUUUUUAAAAUUUAUCAAUAGUGACAUUGUAACACUAUUAUCUGUCAUAAAUCUCUGAAUAACACCCCACAUGUACAUAUUUUUUUUAAAGUAGACAACCCAGGGUAUUCAAUAUGGGGUAUGUCCAGUCUUUUUUAGUAGCCACUUAGUCGAAAACACUGGCCAAAGUAAGCAUUCAUAUUUGUUUGUGUGUGAAAAAAGUAAAAAAACUAAAUUGAACGCUAAUUUUGGCCAGUGUUUGUGACCAAGUGGUUACUAAAAAAGACUGGACAUACCCCAUUUGCAAUACCUUGGGUUGUCUUCUUUUGCAAAUGGUAUGCCAUCAUGGGGGUAAUUCUCAUUCCUGGGCUACCAUACGCUCUCAAAGGCAACGUAACCAACCUGGCCAUUUUCAAUGUAAAAAUAUUUGACCCAUAUAUUUGACCUUGUAACUUUCAAAAAUGCUAUAAAACCUGUACAUGGGGGGUACUGUUUUACUCGGGAGACAUCGCUGAACACAAAUAUUAGUGUUUAAAAACUGGAAAACGUAUCACAACAAUUAUAUCAUCAGUAAAAGUGCUGUUUGUGUGUGAAAAAUGCAAAAAAAGUAACUUUCACUGACAAUAUCAUCGCUGUGAUAUGUUUUACUGUUUUGAAUCACUAAUAUUUGUGUUCAGCGAAGUCUCCCGAGUAAAACAGUACCCCCCAUGUACAGGUUUUAGGGUGUCGUAGAACGUUACAGGGUAAAAUACAGUGCUAGCAAAUUAAAUUCUCUGGAAUUUCGGCCUGGGUUGGCAGGCAGGUCCCUCAAAUUGCAAUCAAUAAAAUUACUGAAUUAUGUAAAAAUAUUACAUAAAUACGCACGUAGAAUUUAAAUAUAUAUGCAUAUUUAUAUAUUUGAAGUCUACGUGUAUAUUUAUAUAAUUAUUUAUGUAAUUUUGUAUAUGGACGUAUGUAUAUUUCUUAUUAUUUUUAUUUAUUUUUAUAUACAUAGAUAUAUAUACAAAUUCAUUCUAAGUGUAUUUUGAUAUAAAUAUAUAUAUAUAUAUAUAUUUAUUAAUUUUAAAAUAUAGUUAGAAUAAAAAUUCAUAUAGCUAUAAUUUUUUAAAAUUUUUUAUUAUUUAAAAAAAAAAUAAUUUAAAUUACUUAUUAUUUAUAUUUUAUUAUAAUAUAUAUACAAUAUAUAGUUAUUAUAUAUAUUAUAUAUAUAUAUAUACGUGUGUAAUUUAAUUAUAAGUGUAUUUUUAUAUUAAUAUAAGUACAUAUUAAUAUAAAAAUACACUUAGUAUGGCAUUAUAUAUAUGAUAUAUAGACAUAUAUUAUAUAGAUAUGAUAUAUGUCUAUAUAUCAUAUAUACACAUAUAUAAUUAUUUUUAUUUUUUUAUUAACACUAACUUUAAUUUAUUUUCUGAUUUUACACUAGCAGGGAGACUGCCUGUCAGCACAGGCAGUCCCCCUGCAGGCAGACACUAGGACACCUAUUGUGACCAUGUGAUUGCUGUGUUAAGCGAUCACAUGGCCACAGGGGUCCUAAUCUGCCGUGGGGAGACUGUCUGGGCUGCAGGCAGUCUCCCCACAACCGGAGCCACGCUGAUCGCCGCCGGGGGAACUACGGCGAUCAGGUAAGUAGCUCUGACCGUUAGGACGGUUCAGGACCGUCAUCGGUCGGCAACGCAAAAAUGCCGAUGACGGUCCUGAACCGUCCUCGGUCGGGAAGGGGUUAAACAGGCUUCCUCAGUUGGCUGUGGAAGCCUGUUAAGCAGGCGAAACACGUUUUGGACUUUUUAUUGGACCAUCAAGCUUACCCAGAAAUAUCGGGUACAAAUAUAUAAUUUUUUUCUUAUUGUAUUUUAUUCAUUGAAGAAAUAAAACUACCAUUAAAGGAUUCCUUCUACAUCUGGCAUUCUUUGGGUUACCUACUAAGAGAUACAAGUAGCAGCACCAAGAAUCCUGCAAAAGAAGGGUCUGGACAACCCCCAAUGGUCCAAGGGAGCAUACUACUUGAGUCAUAUGAUGGUAUGACUCUAGUCUUCUGAGUUGAACCACUCUUUUACUUUAUUGCAUAUAGUGUUUUAAAGACAUACUGCACUAUUUGUUUGUACUUAUUUUAUUUUGCAGAAAAUUCACAGAAUUUAAGAGCUCCACCUAUUAUAUGUAUGUAUUGUUAUGUGUUUCUAAGUGGUGUAGGGGAUACCACUUUAUAGGAGUUUUCUGAGCUAUAAUAUUCUCUAGUCCCCACAUUGUGUACAUAUCACUAAAUAUAAACAAAAGAUUGCUUGAACAUUGAGGAACCACUGGUCUUCAUGGGUAUGACCACACGGAUAAAAAAAAAAAAAAAAAAAAAUGAGAGAUGUGCAAAGGUUAGGGAGAUACAAUUUUAUAUACAAAUGUUCCUUAAUUUUAUAAGCCAAUUUUCAAAUCAAUUAAACUCUAUUAUGUCAGCAGCCUCCAUGGAACUUAAUCCAACUAAUCUUAAAAUCAUAAUUAUUAUUUGAAGGCAUUUUUUCAUAACUAAAUACUACUUUGUUAAAAUGCAUAUUUAAAAAAAAAAAAGUGUGUGUGUGUGUGUGUAUAUAUAUAUAUAUAUAUAUAUAUAUAUAUAUAUAUAUAUAUAUAUAUAUAUAUAUAUAUAUGUAUAUUACAUCAUAUGAGAUAACUGCAAGGCAUGCAAAUCCCAUAAUGCUUUGCACAUCUACACGCUCAAGGUAUAAAAGAAAAUUGUUAAAGUAUGCAUGUAGGAAAACAGAAUCAUCACCUACUCCAAGGUGAUACUAAAUAUUUUUCACCGUUAAAAAGGACCGAUUUAUUUAGUAAUUGUGAGCAAUUGCUAUCCGUAAUCCUCUGCAAAGGUGAACAGUGUGUACACUGUGUGGCAAACAUGGUAAUCCACACAUGCAUUUUCCAUUAUCAUAGGGAAAACAUGUAGUGACAUUUUCUAGAAUGAAUAGAUAGGAAGAUUAAAGAUGAGAUGUUGGCAGGGUAAAGUAAUGAAAUCAGAUGAAAGACAUGUGGAAAAUAAUAAAGUAAUACUGUGCUUCAACGGUAAUCCACACUGAGAGCAUUGGUCUGACAGAUAACUUCCAUUAUUUCCGUUUGUACAGUACACUCUUUAUAGAAAAGCUAUUCUUCAUAUUCUGUUUGUUUGUGUGAUUCAUUCCUAUUUAUUUAUAUUCACUUGUCUUCAGCAUGCCAAGCAAUAAAUAUAGUUAACUCCACUUUUGGGUUUUUUGCAAUUUCUUUGCAAACACUUCUCAAAACAAUAUAUUUACAUGUGUGUAAGUGGCUGGGGGAGUAGGUAGGGAAAAAUAUACUUACCUAAAUAUACUCACCUUCUUCUGCUCCUGCUAACUUAAUCUGCCAGGAGCUGCUGUCACUACUGUAUUCUCACAAAGGUGCAAGCGUACACAAUGUGGUCUGUGGAUCAUCCCCAGAGACUGUUAAACAAGGGUGCCCAAAAGGUAGAUCCCGAGAUGUUGUAGAACUAAAACUCCCAUAAUGCUUUGCAUGCCUUUAGAAUGACAAAGCAUCACAGGGAUCUACCUUUUGGGCACCUGCUGUAGAAUAUUUCAUAGAUUAUCUUAACUUCAGAUACAUUCCAACACAGUCAAAAAGAGCUUUUCAUAAAUAUUCUAUUCUUAUGUAAAGCCAAAAAGUGAUAGAGCUCCUGUUUAUAAGCAUUUAGGAGUUAUUUUCACACAGAAUGUAACUCUUCUGUUUACUUUUUCAAUAGGUGAAGCUGGGCGGAGAAGCUCCAAAUUCCAAUGUUGUCCAUGUAACAAGUAGAAGGAAAUGUAAAACACUUGGAGGGCAGUGUCAUCUGCUAGACUUUGCAAGUUCGGAGCGCCCCCUAGUUGUCAACUUUGGGUCGGCCACCUGACCCCCAUUCAUAAGCCAGCUGCCAGCAUUCAGCAAACUGGUGGAGGAGUUCUCUGAUGUGGCUGACUUUCUGUUGGUAUACAUUGAUGAGGCUCAUCCCUCGGAUGGCUGGGCUGCUCCUGACACACCCUCCUAUGAAGUGAAGAAGCACAGAAACCUAGAAGAUCGAUGUGCAGCUGCCAGCAAGCUCCUAGAACAUUUCUCUAUCCCCCCUCAAUGUCCGAUCGUUGCUGACUGCAUGGAUAAUAAUGCCAAUGUGGCAUAUGGCGUAUCCUUUGAAAGGGUGUGCAUUGUACAGAAGCAAAAGAUUGUGUAUCUUGGGGGUAAAGGGCCAUUCUUCUAUAACCUCCAGGAAGUCCGAAGAUGGCUGGACCUCACUUUUGGAAAGAGAUGA